AUGAGGUCGCAGAUAAAAUGUGUACUACUGCUAUUGACGCUAUGCAUUUGCGUAUGCUCAGCAACACACACGUCUAAUUGGGCCGUCCUGGUCUCGACCUCCCGCUUCUGGUUCAACUACCGCCAUCUCGCAAACACCCUCUCGCUCUACCGCACCGUCAAGCGUCUGGGCAUUCCCGACUCUCAGAUCAUCCUCAUGCUUCCCGAUGAUAUGGCUUGUAACCCUCGCAACUCAUUCCCUGGCUCCGUCUUCAACGACAAGUCCCGCGACUUGGAUCUCUACGAUGCCAUGGGUAGUGGUAUUGAAGUCGACUACAGAGGCUAUGAAGUCACGGUCGAGAAUUUCAUUCGCCUUUUGACGGAUAGAUGGCCAGAGAGUUGGCCCAGGAGUAAGAGGUUGAUGACGGAUGACAGGAGCAACAUCUUGAUCUACAUGACUGGACACGGAGGAAAUGAGUUUUUGAAGUUUCAGGAUGCCGAGGAGAUCAGUUCGCAUGAUUUGGCUGAUGCCUUUGAGCAGAUGUGGGAGAAGAAGAGAUACAACGAGCUACUCUUCAUGAUCGACACGUGCCAGGCAAACACCAUGUACGGCCAGUUCUACACUCCCAACAUUAUCGCCACCGGCUCCUCAGCACUCCACCAAUCCUCUUACUCCCACCACGCAGACCAAGAUGUCGGUGUCGCAGUCAUCGAUCGCUGGACCUACUACAAUCUCGAAUUCCUGGAACAGCAGAUCGGCUCUACAAGCAGCAAUGUCACUCUAGGCCAACUGUUUGACUCUUAUGAUCCAGUCAAAGUACACUCUGACGCAGGUAUCCGCUACGAUUUGUUCUCUGGUGGAGAAGCAGAGGCCAGAAACAGAAAAGUGGUUGAUUUCUUUGGGAACGUGCAGGGUGUCGAGGUUGAUGAUGCAAAGAGUGGGGAAGACUCACUGGCAGAGUGGAAGGCUGAUCUACUUGCUUUGAAGGCAUUGAUGGACAAGUCGAGGGACAUGAUGAAGGAGUUGAACAAUGUUACUGCUGAUGUCGAGUUUGCUGAAGCGACGGUUGCACCAUCGCAGGCUGAGGAGCAUGCUUUUGGAACUGCAAAGUUGCUUGAUCAGGCUUCGACUUGGAGUAAGCAGGCUAUCGGCGGUGCUGCUCUUCUUGCACUCGGCGCUCUCUGGACUCUGAGCUCUGUUCUCGAUUGA